AUGUUCACGGUCCCCACAAAACAAGGCUGCUUUCUGACGACCGCAGCUGAUCGGAAUGCUCAGGCCUGCUUUUUGAAUUGCUGUCUUACACUUGCAUGUGCUAACCAGAUUAUUUUCUGCAAUUUGUUGCAGGCUUAUGCUAAAUUCGCUGGAGCUCCUCUGAUAGUGAAUACUAUAAAUAAUUCCUGGAGCUCUCCAAAAGCAGAUGUACCAGUCCUGAUAUCAGAAGACAUUGUUAUUUCUCAGCCAGCAAAAAUACUAAACUUCUUAAGAAAGCAGAGAUACAAUGCUGACUAUGAAUUGUCCGCAAAACAAGGAGCUGAUACACUGGCUUAUAUUGCACUACUUGAAGAGAAACUGCUUCCUGCCCUGCUGCACACUUUUUGGGUUGAGGCUGAAAAUUACUGCAGUGUAACAAAACCAUGGUUUGCCUCAAGGAUUCCCUUCCCACUAAGUUUGUAUCUGCCUGGAAAGAUGUCCAGGGAAGCACUCAACAGGAUCUUGCUGACCAGAGGAGGCCCUCCUCUCUACAGUCUCACUGAAGUGGAAGCACAGAUAUACAGGGAUGCCAAGGAGUGCCUAAAUCUCCUGUCAAAGAGAUUGGGAACAUCUCAGUUUUUCUUUGGAAAUACACCUACUACCUUGGAUGCCUUUGUGUUUGGUUUCCUUGCACCAGUUUAUAAAGUGUGCUUCCCUAGAGUACAAUUACAAGAGCAUUUAAAAGAGCUUACCAACCUGUGUCGGUUCUGUGACGAUAUUUUAACCUGCUAUUUCAAGUUAACUGUGACAGGCCAUUCUCCAUCUGGACAGGAUACAGCAGAUGCUAAUCUGCAGAAACUCACACAGCUUGUAAAUAAGGAAUCCAACUUGAUUGAAAAGAUGGAUGACAAUCUUCGUAAGAGUCCUCAACACCCCCCUCGGAAGAUAACAACGCUCAAGCUUGCUGCAGGUGGAGAAGAAAGCAGUCCACUGAAUCGUUUGUCACCUUGACAGCUUUUGUUGCACACGCACAUUUGCUUGCCUUCAAUUCAUCUGAAUAUCACAGCAAUUUUUCUCAUGAAUGUGGUUUUACAAGGGAAGAAUCUACGAAUGGGUUUCAGUAUGGAAGAAACACAGCUUUAUAAUGUUCUGUCUGUUAUUUUUAAGAAAACUAGUAGUUCAGGCUUACUAUACACUAAGUUAAAACUCAAGUAUUAAACAAGGGGCUCAUUCCUGCAGACAUUAACAUGAUUUUGUACAGCAGACUUUGACAUUAGCAGGAAUGUUGACCAAAAGUUAAAAUGCAAUUUUUACAGAAUUCCAGUGCAUUUAUAGAAGUUUUACCUUUUAGUUUAUGGCUUUUGAUUUACUGUAAUCACGUUAUUGUAUGUUAGUGGGUAUACUGUUGUAUCUUUCCAAAAGUUACAAAGUCUAGUUGUAGAAUUGGUGAAAAGACUGAAAGAGAAGGAAGUGUUACCCAUCUUUGCAAAUGAGAAGUGAAAAAAAAUGACAGGAAGUUAUACACUCUUAAUUGUACAUUUAUGAACACUCUUGUGUUUGUGUUUUAAGGGCGUUUGCAUUUUUGAAAGCUUGUUGAGCUGUACUUUGACAGAAAAUGUUGAAAAGCUUGUGUGCCACGAAGAGUACAGUGACAGAGAGUUUAACAUUUUACA